GUACUGUAUCUUCCAGGGUGUUCCUCUACAGUUUGGGUUACUACUGCAACAGAGACAGCAAAAGAGGAAGAGAUCCAACUACGCUCAAAUAACCUGAGAAGCCACCCCCCACUCCCCAAAGACUGAUGAUGUCACCGGUGCUGGGUGUGUCCUUCCUGGCCCUGGUCCUAUCAGGAGGAGCCUGGGCGUUUGCUCCCAUCGGGGGCGGAGCCUCCACCCACGUCAGCAUCACAGGAACGGCCGUGCUACAGAAGGUCACAGAGGUGUGCCGAGCCAUCGCAGAGUCAGAGGGACUAGACUUCACCCCCACGGGCAAUUCUGCAGAGGAGCUGGUCCAGGCCUGCCUGGGACCCAAAGCAACAGGUGAAGUGUCAGCAGCUAAGUUCAAAUCUGCCCUGAAUGAGAUCUACAUACAGAACGGACAGGUGGACAGAGACUUUGUCAACAGCCCAGCCCAUCACUUCAACUCAGAGGCGUUUGCUGAGGGCCGGCGCCUUAUAACUGAUGGGGUGGUCAGCAUCAAGGCCAAUGUACAAAGGGAGAACUUCCAGGCUGCCAGAGAGACACUGGGGAGAGUACUACACACACUACAGGACUUCUACAGCCACAGUAACUGGGUGGAUCUGGGAUACACUGAACCCUACACCAACCUGAUCCGCCCCGAUCUCCCACUGGAAAACCUGGCAGAUGUCAGCACCCCGACCUGCAGUGACUGUGCCAAUGGAGGGUUCUGUUCCAACUCCAUCCUGCCUAACAUUCUUAAUGAGAAGAAACUCACUUCUGGAUACAUGGGGAUCUUCUCCGCAGCUAAGCCUAAAGGUAAGUGUAGUCAUGGCGGUGCAGCUGACCUGACCAGCUCUGAGGUUCCUCGUGGGGGCAUCAGCAAGGACGAGCGUCGCUCUGACAACGUGGCCCUGCACACCGCUGCUGUCACCGUGGCAACGACCGCCACCCUCCAGCUGCUGGAUGACAUCCGGGGAGCCGCCGGUGACAACGACUACCUACGCCUCAUGGGCAUAGCACGAUCGUCAGUGGUUGCUUUUGUGAUCGACACUACUGGGAGCAUGAAGGAUGAUAUCCUUGAAGCCAAACGAGUCGUCAAUGAGAUCAUCGACAGCAAGAAGGGAACGCAGGAUGAGCCCUCCCAGUACAUCCUGGUCCCAUUCAACGACCCAGGGUUCGGACCCCUGAUAAGAACGACAAACCCUGAUGUUAUGAAAGCAGAGAUCGCUAAACUCACGGCUGAUGGAGGUGGAGACCUCCCUGAGAUGUGCCUAUCAGGCCUACAGUUGGCGCUGACCGGUGCCCCUGCGUCGUCCCACAUCUAUGUUUUCACAGAUGCCGUUGCCAAGGACAUUGCGUUAAAGGACACCAUCGUGGCCCUGAUCAGGAGCACCAAGUCAACCGUGUCUUUCUUCAUGACUGGUGAUGGUGCUAGAAGGAGUAGGCGUGCGGUAGAGUCCAGGGCAGCUACAUUCGAGAACUACAAGGACCUGGCGCUGGCGUCUGGUGGUCAGGCCAUUGGAGUCACCAAGGAAAAUCUGCCCCAGGCCACUGACAUCAUCAUCGACUCCUCCACCUCCGCUCUGGUGACAGUCCUACAGCGAGCGAGGAACUCAGGCAAAGCUGAGACGUUCUCCUUCCUGCUGGAUGAGUCUCUGAACAACAUCACCAUCUACAUCACUGGAAAGUCCCUCACCUUCACCCUGAAGAACCCUGCAGGUGUGACCCAGAAACAGAAUGAGGCCAACGGGAAACUGGGGACUGUCCAGACGGUGGGUAACCUCUACCGGGUCCGUCUGGCCACCGACAAACAUACGGGAUUAUGGGAAAUCAGCAUGAACUCCAACCAGCCCUACACACUGAAGGUCACUGGUCAGAGUACCAUUGCCUUCAUUUAUAACUUUGUGGAGACCUUCGAGGGACCUCACCCAGGAUAUGCCCUCAUCUCUGGCCGUCCAAAAGCAGGUAUGCCUGCCAUGCUGUUGGUAUCAGUGUUGGGCAGAAAGGGCCCAGCCUCUGUCAAGGUGGCCAACGUUGCCUUGGUGACAGUGUCAGGGUCAGAGGUCAUAGGCGGGGCCCUGGAAGACAUGGGCAAUGGAGACUUCCUGGUUACGGUAACUAAGGUCCCUGCGGGGGAGUUUGUGGUGCUGUUGAAUGGGACAGAUGUGGUCUCCUCCACCGUGUUCCAGAGACAGUCCACCACUCAGAUGUCCGUCUCCAAGGUUACCAUCAAGGCUAUGGUGGACAGAAGCAUGGAGCCUGGUAAACCCUUCACCCUUCCCUUCACUGUCAUGACCGACGCCACUGGAGGCAGCUACAAAAUUAGUGCCAGUAAUGACAGAGAAUUCAAAAUGAACGUCCCCGGCAGCAUCGCUGUGACCACCGGAGGAAACUCCACAGGGGAAAUGACCAUCACGGUGCCUGCCAACACACCCUCAGGAACAGACGUCACCCUGACCAUCGAGGCUGUGGCCCCCGGAGCGUCCGACUCCAACUACGCCGUCCUGCGCCUCUCUGUUGUCACCAAGGUGACAGAUUUCACCCCUCCCCAGUGUGAGGUGGUCAGCGUCUCGGUGGUCGACUGCCCAGCUGACCCAGCAGCCUGCAGCUCCGCCUUCUGGCAGCUCUCUGCCAACCUGACCGAUGGUGUCAAUGGCACGGGGAUCACUAGACUCACACACCGCCAGGGAGUGGGCAACCUCACCCACACGGACCUAAAGCAGACGGUAGUUGCAGCAGCGUUCAACGCUUCGUGCUGCUCUCUGACAGUGGAGCUGGUGGCGGUGGACAAGGCCAUGAAUGUCGGCACCUGUCGGUUUUCCAUCGUCCGCAACGCGGGACCGCCCUCCAUCGCUCUGUCCCUCCCACUGUUGGUAUGUCUGCUGGUCUCUGCCUUCUUCACUACGUCCCUCAGAGACUUACUUAUCUGAUCUAAUGCUGCAUUAAUAAGCAAGUGGGAAGGUGGAAAUUGUCCGUUGUGAAGUUGUAAAUACCUAUUGGAUUCAUUCAUGUGCUUUGAACUCGUUGAGAAACGCAAAUUCGUCAACAAGCUACUUUAAUCAUAAACUAAAAGUACAGCUAUCACGCUUUUAAAGAUAUUAUAGUGUUCAAAAACCAUUUUAAUAAUAAUGUUUGGUUGUUGCAUUUAACUGCUGAACAUGUUAUUGAGUUCAUUUCCUUAGUAGGUGACGUUAGAGGUCAGCAUGUGGGAGAAGACGUAGCUCAGGGAUGAUAGACUAGUUACCAGUUGGAGGGGCAUUCAAGCAUAUUUUCCCAGUCGUAUGUGGUAAAUACCACCUUCCCACAUGGUUAUGAACGCAGGGUAAGGCUCAUGCAUUGACUGCCUGACCAAUGCUGCCUCUUGAAGUUAAGGUUAUGCUCCAGGCCGGCUACAUCGCAGACAUUGCAUUGCAUCAACAAUGGUUCGUGUGACAAAGCCAACAUUUAAAUGAAUGUCACUAAAUUGCCAACAGUACUCUCUCUCUAAGCACUUUCUCAACAUGUUAUUUGCACUGUAAGAUUGAUGUUUAAUUUCUGUAUCAUAAUGUAAGUCUCCAGUUACAUCUCUGUCAUGAAUAAAAAGCUACUGUGUGAAUGA